AUGCCGGAAGUGGUGUCUGAGUGGAAGUUGGUGGUCUAUGUCCUUUUGCCACAGCAUGUUGAGGAUCCGUUUGGCGGGUCGAAGCGCCUUAAACAGGACUGGAGGGUCCCUCACGACGCCCGUGUGCUGCCGGAGCUUAGGGCGCUCCCGCAGGAUUCCCAGCUUCUGUCGCGUACUCAGUCAGGGGGGCAAUUGAGCCCGCAACUUCAGCAGGAAAUGCAAAACUUGAAUGGAGCCUCAGUUUUGCGAGUGGGCAUCCCCUGGGAUCCCAUCGAAUUCAUUGCCAAAGCAGGUAAGAUUGGACACCCAUACCAUAAGUUAUCCAAGUGCAACAAGGACCUGAGAGACCUCGUUCAUGACUUAGUACACAAACCGGGAAUGGUUCGUUCUCAGAGGAAGAAUUACAUCGAGAAGUGGGCUCGAAGAGCCAAAGAGUUGGAACCAGAGGAAGCGAAGCUGAAAGCUGGCAUGUCGGAUCACAGAAGGAAGAUCCUUCAACCCAAACGUAUCUUGUUGUUCGAAGAGAUGCUGCGAGACAUUGGGUAUGAUGAUAUGGGUGUGGUUCAGGAACUCAUCGACGGAGCCACCCUGACAGGGGACAUCCCUAUCACUGGGGUGCUGGAUACCAAGCUCAAGCCUGCUAGGUUGGACACUGAACAGCUUUUGGGGAUGUCUGAUGAAAUCAAACAGCAGAUCCGGGCGAAGACUGGCUCAUCGGGUGAUAAGGAAAUCGAUCAGCUGUUGUGGGAUAAGACGAUGGAAGAGGUACAGAGUGGAUACCUCUCUGGACCUUAUGAUUUCGAGUCAUUGCCGAAACGAUGUUUGGUCAGCUCCCGUUUUCCCUUGCUACAAGGAGAGAAGCUGCGCCCUAUUGACAACUAUUCAUCGAGUUUGAUCAACGAUACGGUCACAGUCUCUGAAAAGCCCAUCACGCACUCUAUCGACGAAAUUGCUAUGUUGAUAAAUACACUUUCGAGUGCUGCUCGAAAGAAGAACUUGAACGCAUUGUACGGGAAAACGGCGGAUCUGAAGGGAGCAUACAGACAACUGGCGGUGUCGGAUACAAGCUUAGACUUUUCUUACCUCUCGGUCUACGACCCGGCAGAGGAGAAGCCCAAGUUGUUCCAACAACUAGCUGUGCCUUUCGGCUCUACCAAGGCUGUGUACUUUUUCCUCAGAGUGGCGAGGGCUCUUUGGACUAUCUUGGUCAAAGGGGCCAAAAUCCCAACCACGAAUUAUUUCGACGACUUUGUUCUGCUCGCUCUUGGAGGAGAUAGGAGUUCGUGUUCACACGCUUUCGAUGAAGUCAUGAAGCUGUUAGGUUGGAAGCUGUCAGCUGAUAAGACAACGGAGUGGAACACUAGCUUUGAGGCCCUUGGCGUUCUUUUCGAGCUUGACCAGACGGGGUCCGGAGUUCUGAAGGUUAGGAACACUGAGAAACGACGCAAGGAACUCACUGCUGCGAUCAAAGGUUUCCUGGACAAGGGAACCAUGACUCAGAAGGAAGCUCUACAACUGCGGGGUAGGCUACAGUUUGCUCAAGCCCAGUUUUUCGGUAGGCUGGGAAGAAGGUGCCUGACGGAGGUGACAAAGCAUGCCUACACUGGCAGGUCGAAGCUUUCGUCGAUGGCCAAGGAACGACUCGAAGAGUUUGGUAAGUUCCUUGACAUGGCCCAACCGAGGCUAGUGGGACAAGUUUCAUGCAGGACUUUCAUGAUCCUUACCGAUGCAGCGUUUGAGACAGAGUCAGGAACUGGAGGCCUGGGGGGGGUCCUUCUCACCGGGUCAGGUUCGGCACUCUCCUUCUUCAGCGUGCCGAUCUCAGAGCAGCAAACCAAGUCGAUGUCGUUGCAAGAUGAGCAUACCAUCAUAUAUGAGCUAGAAAUGUUCGGGGUUUUGAUCGGUCUCAAGCUCUUGGUCGAAAAGACGGCUGCUUUCGCAGAAUCAUACGAACAGCCAGGCGCUGUUGCUGGGACUGGAGUUAUUUGUUAUAUCGAUAAUGAUGCUGCGAGACAUGCAUACAUCGCCGGCUCUUCGAAGAAAGGGGUCGCGGGGAUUCUUAUCGAUGAAGUCAAUUUCCUGGAGUAUGUCCACGGCAUCUUGCCGUGGUAUGCGAGAGUGGCAUCACCCGCCAAUCUGGCUGAUGAACCAUCGAGGAUGAAACUUGAUAGAGUCAAGAGGCUAGGAUUCAAAGACGAGUCUGUCGAGGCGACCAAAGCGGUGUUAUCAAUUGUGAAGAGGGUUUCGAAUCUACCUGCUUAA